CAAACGAGAAAUUACAAAAUUCUGCACACUCGUCACGAAGAAAAUGCUCGUAUGCAAUUCUUCGACGCUACCAUCGCUAGACGUGCAAGUUCGCGCCUUCUUGCGCGUAUCUUACCUCUACCUGGCUCCUCGCGAUAUCUAUCCCUCUUCCUCUUCACCGAGCAUACCUUUUUCCUUUUCUCUCUCGAUCACACCGCCUGAAAUACUCCCCGCCUUUCGAACCUUCUCUUGGCAAGCAUCAGCCUCGCUUCUGACGCAUCGCACUUGCUCUCUCCCUCUGUCGGUCCGUUGUGUCGUUGCGCUGGCCUCUCAGUCUGGCGCGCAACAGUGACUCGACUCGACUUCGCUCUGCAGUCGCGAUCAAGCUCGCGUUCGAAACGGGGCACGUGUGCGAUGCGGGGACUUCCUUAUUGCGCAUUUUUCACAUAUUAUUUAUUACUUUUGCUUUUCGUUCUUAGAGACAACGACCAAUGGGAAAGCAGAGGAGUGAAUCGUCAUGGUUUUUUAGACCACUCUGCUUAAACGUUUUCCCAAUCUUUUUUCUUCGUCUUAGUGUUUGUCAUUUGCUCUAGUUUUAUCGUCUGGUUCUCUUCGUCGUUUAUGCGAGAGAAGCUACAGAACGAACAAAUAAAUGUGAACAAGUUCGAAGGAUCGUAACCGAUCGUGGAGCUAGUUAAGAAAUUUACUGAAAAUCGAAGAUGCUAUAAGGAUCCCAUUGUUCAUCGUUCGAUCGCGUUCGAAUCGAUCGACGAGUUUUUGUUUACACGCCGCAAGCGGCUCGAGAAUCACCGUUGGAACUCUCGCUAGGUGGUUACAUAUCUGUGCUUUUAAACUAAAUCUUGGGGAAUUUGACACAAAGAUCGAAGCGAAAUCGUUGUCGAAUUGUCGUUCGAUUCAUCGAAAAACUCGUCUCUUCUUCGACGUGGAGACCAAAGCGUAUCUUUUAGCGUGCAGAGAGAUAGAGAAAAAGAGAAAAGAAGCAGUGUUUAACUCGUUGGGAAAGAGGGAAUCACGGGAAGAUCCCACGUAUUCGCUCGAUCGUUUCAGAGAGAGAGAGAGAGAGAGAGAGAGAGAGAGAGGGAGAGGGAGGGAGGAAGGGAGAGAGAGAGUCGAGGCCACGUGGGUGUUAUCGGAGCGAAUUUGCCCCGAGAGGUCGGUUCGGUACGUGGGAGUGAUUACACGAACGAGUUCAUUCAUCGUGCGGAUUCCAGCGCGCCGGAAGUGACGACGACUUCCUCGGAGAGCUCCGACGUACGUCGUCGAAAGAGAAAGAGAAAGAGAGAGAGAGAGAGAGAGAGAGAGAGAUCGCUCGAUUCGCGCGUGCAUUCGAGAUUCGUCUUUUGUGGAAAGUGCCACUCGAAAAAAAAAAGUAUAAGGACGAAGAGAAAUUUAGAGAAAAGGAAGAAAAAAGAAAACAUUAUCGAGAGAACAAUAAAAAAGGAGGAGAAGAGAAUGUCGAAGAUGGCGCCAAAAGUAGCAACGCUCGAAAAGAAACUGCAAUGUUCCGUCGAAAGUUUCGUGGCAUAGUUCCUCUUCCCUUUUGUCCUUUCUUUUACUCUCUCGAUGUCAGUCUAUCCAAAAGAGAAUGAAAUCGACUUCUAAGCCGUCGUUGCUCGAGUCACGAGGACGACCAAGGAUAUGCGAAUGAUCGACGAAUCCACCCUACCUCCCUUUCUUUUUCCUUCGUCGAGGCGCAACGACACGAUCAGCGCGCGAUUAUGCAGCUGAAGAAAGCGAUGCUUAAGAUAUUCGACCAAUGUAAGUGCCUGCACUUGCGGAGCAUCGAGGAGCCGAGGAUGACGGCGGAGACGGCAGCUCCUUGUCUGCAGGGGGUGCAAGGGGUGCAGGGCGUUAUGGCGGGUCAGGGCAUGUUGCAACAGGUGCAAGAUGGAAAGUCCACGGGAAGUUAUUACACCUCGACUACGACCGUCUACGAUCCGGAAUACGCUCGAAUGGAGGCCUGGCUCGACGAGCACCCCGACUUCGUCAACGAUUAUUUUCUCAGGAAGGUGACACGGCAAACGGUAGACAUGUGGUUAGUGUCGCACGCGACGCCAACGUCGUCCUCGAGCAGCUGCAUGGAAUUGUCGAGUCCAACGCACCCCGGUGGUGGUUCCUCGUCCUCUGGCCGAGGUGCCUCCAGCGGCGGUUCCGGGGCCACCACGCCGGUCAGGAAGAUCUCCGCUCACGAGUUCGAGCGAGGUGGCCUUUUGAAGCCGAUCGUCAAUACGAUCGACGGUACGCCGACCUUCCUAAGCGUUUCCUCCGGCGACGCGGAUCAAUCCGGCGGACAGCCGGUUGGCUCGACUAAUUCUGCUCGGCCCCAAAGACGAUCUAGGCACGAGCUGAGGCAUCUGGACGAGAAGGAUCUUAUAUUCGAGCUGGUCAAGGAUAUCUGCAACGAGUUGGACGUCAGAUCUUUGUGCCACAAGAUCCUUCAGAACGUGAGCACUUUGCUCCACGCCGAUCGCGGCUCGUUGUUCCUGGUCCAAGGCGAGAGGGGUGGCGGGCACGUACCCUCCUUGCAAAAUCACGAGGCGAGCGUUAACAAUACCGACAAUGGAACCUCCCGACUGGAACCGUCCGGCAACCAGGAUUGCGGCCAAACCUAUUCCAAAAGUAGGUGUCUCGUCUCGAAGCUCUUCGACGUUUGCUCGAGAUCGACUCUCCUCGAGAUGGAGAAGAAGGACGAAAUCAAGAUACCUUGGGGAACCGGGAUCGUUGGUUACGUCGCCGAAAGCGGAGAACCUGUCAACAUACCAGACGCUUACAAGGAUUCGAGGUUUAAUCGUGAGAUCGACGCGCUUACGGGGUACAGAACGAGAGCGUUGCUGUGUAUGCCGAUCAAGGAUUGCAACGGCGACGUCGUCGGGGUCGCCCAGGUCAUCAACAAGCUCGGCGGAGAGGCGCAAUUCACGGCGCAGGAUGAAAAGGUCUUUGCCGGUUACUUGCAAUUCUGUGGAAUCGGUCUGAGGAAUGCCCAACUUUACGAGAAGAGUCAGUUGGAAGUAAAGAGGAAUCAAGUGCUGUUGGAUCUAGCCAGAAUGAUCUUCGAGGAGCAGAGUACGAUAGAACACAUGGUCCUGAGGAUCUUAACUCACACGCAAUCGUUGAUACAAUGUCAGCGCGUUCAGGUAUUAUUGGUGCAUAAGGCAUCGAAAGGAAGCUUCUCUCGCGUGUUCGACUUCGAGGCGAACGAUCUCACGGGCGAAGAUUCCGAUUCUCGUACGAGUCCGUUCGAGAGUAGAUUUCCUAUAAACGUCGGCAUCACCGGAUACGUGGCGACGACAGGCGAGACGGUCAGCAUACCAAAUGCCUACGAAGAUCCAAGAUUCGAUCCGUCCGUCGACGAAGGUACGGGCUUUCGACAUCGCACCAUACUCUGUAUGCCCAUAAAGAAUUCAUCCGGACAAAUAAUCGGCGUUAUACAACUCAUCAACAAAUUCGACGAUCUUCCUUUUACAAAAAACGACGAGAACUUUGUCGAGGCGUUCGCCAUAUUCUGCGGCAUGGGGAUACACAAUACGCACAUGUACGAGAAGGCUGUGAUAGCGAUGGCCAAACAAAGCGUUACUUUGGAAGUACUGAGUUACCACGCGUCGGCGUCUUUGGAGGAUGCUCAAAGGCUGAGGGGAUUAAGAGUGCCAUCCUCGGCGCACUUUCAAUUACACGACUUCAAAUUCGACGACAUACAUAUGGAGGACGACGAGACUCUCACGGCUUGCUUAAGAAUGUUUCUCGAUCUGGACUUUGUCGAGCGUUUUCACAUAGACUACGACGUACUUUGUAGAUGGUUACUCAGCGUUAAGAAGAAUUAUCGGAACGUAACUUAUCACAAUUGGAGACACGCCUUCAAUGUCGCUCAAAUGAUGUUUGCCAUUUUGACUGCCACACAGUGGUGGAAAGUCUUCGGUGAAAUCGAAUGUCUCGCAUUGAUCAUUGCCUGUCUCUGUCACGAUCUCGAUCAUCGUGGUACCAACAAUUCUUUUCAAAUCAAGGCUUCUUCCCCGCUGGCGCAACUUUAUUCAACUUCCACGAUGGAACAUCACCACUUCGAUCAAUGUCUAAUGAUACUGAGCAGUCAGGGUAAUCAGAUCUUGUCGAAUCUUUCACCGGAGGAAUAUUCUCGAGUGGUCAAGGUCCUCGAGGAGGCUAUUCUAUCGACCGAUCUUGCCGUCUAUUUUCGAAAAAGAGGAGCCUUUUUCAGCUUGGCGCGAGGUGGCGGCUAUAAUUGGGCAUACGGCGAUCAUCGUGAACUUUUGCGUGGUAUGUUGAUGACCGUAUGCGAUUUGGCGGCCAUCACGAAACCUUGGGAGGUCGAGAAGAGAGUGGCCGAGUUGGUCAGCAGUGAAUUUUUUGAACAGGGCGACAUCGAAAGGCGGACGUUAAAUAUUACGCCAAUCGAUAUUAUGAAUAGGGAGAAAGAGGAUCAGUUGCCGAUGAUGCAAGUUGGCUUCAUCGAUUCGAUUUGCCUCCCCAUAUACGAGGCAUUCGCUUUACUAUCGGACAAAUUGGAGCCCUUGGUCGAAGGUGUCAGGAACAACAAGCGACAUUGGUUAGAAAUUGCGGAGUCCAAGUGCCAAACAGAAAAUUGCACGAAUCACGACAGGACGUCGACGCCAUCCGACGACGAUAACGAAGAGAUCAACGAACAAGCGGACCAAUAGCCGUUGAUACAUCAGUGCACGCGCGAUUAAAGUUUAAUGCCUCAAAGAAAUGGAUCAACGGAUCGUACCUCGCGCUUCGAUCAUCGACAAGAGUGACGAAGGAACGAACGAACGAACGAACGAACGAACGAACGAACGAACGAACGAACGAACGAAAAUUGUCGUUCGCCGCUUCGAGAAAUCUAUCGAGAAAUUUUCAUUCGUGGCCGCAACAUUUUUCUUCUCCUUUGCGGUCAAAGAAUCUUUCCUAUUCUUGUGAUUUCUUCGACGAGUAAAAAGAAAAACAAAAAAGAUAAAGAAUCGCUUAUAUCUCUGUUCGUUACGAUUAACGAACAUUGUCUAAUGUAAGGAUCGAUAAAAAUAAAAUUGUAAUUAUUCUCGUACUCGCGGGAUAAAAAGAAGGUUCGUGAUAAAAGAACCAUCUUUGUCCUCUCUUCGAAAGAGAAAAGAAAAAGAUAUAAGACAAAUCGAUCCUGAGAUGCUACUCUUGUACCUGACCCGUAUUGUACCUAUAUACACUAUGACAAUAUUUCUAUGUUUCGAGAGAGGAUGGAGAAGAUGAUACGAGAAAAAAAGGAAAAAAAGAAGAGAAACGAAAUGUGAUCGCGAAAGAUCGUUCGUGGAUCGUUUUCGUUUUUCCUCUCGUUUGUAUUUAUAAGGAUCUCUUGGAAAACCAAUGGACGCAAACGCGAUGUGCAUAAUGACACUGAACGCGCGUGUGUCUGUCUCUGUCUGUGUGUGUGUGUGUGUGUGUGUGUGUACGCGUGCGUGCACAUGUAAUUAUAUACACAAAUAUGUAUGUAUGUAUCUAUGCAUGUACGUAUGUAUGUAUGUAUAUAUGUAUGUAUGCAUGUAUGCAUGUAUGUAUGUAUGUAUAUUCGUAUACCAAAGUGCACAUUUUUACAUAUAUCGAGGUCGAUCGCAGAGCGACGACGAGAACGGUACUUGUCGUCUCUUCUCAUAUCCGUUAGUUAGAAUCCUUCGACUAAGGCGAAAGAGAAUCAGUGUCUCUCUUUUCUCUUCUCUUUUCCUCGCUUCCCUCUUUUUUUAUCUCGAAAAAUUUUGGCGGCUGGAUUGUACUUCUUAGACGUCUCGAUCCUUGAAUAUAGAGCACGGUUUUCCUUUUUCCUCACAUAAAUUUGUUAAGUCACGAUGGUAUAUACAUCUUUUAUGUUGGAUCGAAUAUAAGUAAUGACGAUUACCCGAAUCAAGACGACGAUCAGACAUAAUGUUAGAUAUAUACGUCUGUAGCUACCUUUUUGGAAAGUCUUACCUUUGCAAUAAGGCUUUAAGAAAUUCUCAUCAUGUCGCUAAUCGUAUCGCCAUAAUAACUUGCAUUGGAUGUGAUUUAAAAAAUGUAAUCUUUAAAGUUUCCUCUAGUUUGAAAAAAUUAUUAAAAUGGUUUGUGACGAAUAAAUGCAAACUCGACAAAAUGAGAGAUGGUAUUAAAAACGAAGAAAAGAAAAGGAAAGGAAACAUGUAUGAAAUAAAUUUGCUAGAAUCCAUCGUAAAUUUUCGAAAGUCAUUUGAAAAUAAAGAUGAAAUCUACGAUGAUCAUAUUUCGAUCAUUGUUCAAGCAUUAUUAAAACAAAAGAAUUCCGCAAGAAAUAGAAAGAGAACCAACGGAGCGUGUCACGUGUAAAUCGAACAUAUCAUUCUCCAUAAGCUUGUCAGAAUUAAUAAAUAAUAAUGAUGAUGAUGAU